AUGACGCCAACCCUAGCCGAGGGGUAUGAGGAAAUUCAACGUGGAGGCACAAGAGCUUGGGAGGAGGCAUUUAUGAAAAUGCAUGUGCAUUCACACAAAGAAGUCGGUGAACGUGGUCUUACUACAAAAAUAGCCAAGAAUUUGUUAAACAUGGAUAGAAAUCGUUACAUAGAUGUGCUUCCGUGUAAGUUAUUUUCUCAUUUCAUGUAUCAGUAAUG